AUGAUUGAGUCCUUCAUUAGCAUCGCUUUCUAUAUCUCCACCGUGGUCACCCUCUGCAUACUUCUACUACCAUCACAAUAUGCGCCGAAACGCUCCACAGCGCAAGAUGCUUCUACCGACCCCAAAACUACUGUACAGAUUCUCGUCCUCGGGGACAUCGGUCGUAGUCCGCGCAUGCAGUACCAUGCGCUGAGCAUUGCCAAAGGGGGAGGCCAAGUGGAAAUCAUUGGUUAUCAUGAAUCAGAAAUUCAUCCCGAUAUCUCUUCCGACCCCAGAAUCUCGAUUGUUGCACUUCCUCCACACCCAGCCUGUCUUCAAACAAGCAACAAACUUCUUUUCCUAGUAUUUGGGCCAUUGAAGGUCCUCUUCCAAGUUGUCUGUUUGUGGUGGUCAUUAGCCUAUCGCACGCGCCCAGUGAAAUGGCUCCUUGUUCAGAACCCUCCAUCUAUUCCAACUCUAGCGGUCGCAUCCCUAACCUGCUUUCUUCGUCAAACGAACCUUAUUAUAGAUUGGCAUAAUUUCGGCUACUCCAUCCUGGCGCUCAAACUUGGAAAUGGUCAUCCGUUGGUCAAACUGUCGAAAUGGUAUGAGAAGACAUUCGGAAGAUAUGCCACGGCACAUUUGUGCGUCACAACAGCCAUGACGUCUGUCCUGAAGAAAGAGUUCCUACUGGAGGCACCUGUCCUGCCGCUGCACGAUCGACCAGCCAACCACUUCCGGCCCAUACUCGAUGAUGACGUGCGACAAGAAUUUCUCUUAUCCUUGCCGGUAGCUGCUUCCGAACAAUCGCUAAUAAAGUCUGGGGCCCUUCGCGUUCUAGUCAGUUCAACGUCGUGGACUGCGGAUGAGGACUUUUCUUUGCUCAUUGAUGCCCUCUGUCGAUACUCGGAGUUAGCAGCGACGACCAUGCCGGAACUGCCCCAGAUGUUAGCCAUCAUAACGGGCAAAGGCCCACAGAAGGAAAUGUAUAUCAAGCAGAUCGCCGACCUAGAAAAAGCGGGCAAGCUCGAAAAAGUGACAAUACGCACAGCAUGGCUGACCACCACAGACUAUGCAAAACUCCUGGCAUCCGCUUCACUCGGCGUCAGUCUACACACAAGCAGUAGUGGUGUCGAUCUGCCUAUGAAAGUAGUUGAUAUGUUCGGCGCUGGUCUGCCAGUGGUUGGCUGGAACCGCUUCGAGGCGUGGCCAGAAUUGGUCACCGAAGGUGUUAAUGGGAGAGGAUUCGGGAGCUCCGAUGAACUCGUAGAGGAGCUUGUUGAACUCUUCGGAGACACAAGUAAGCUUGACAAACUCCGCGUCGGAGCGCAGAAGGAAAGCACUCGUCGCUGGGAUGACGAAUGGAAUCCAGUAGCGGGAAAGCUUCUAGGAAUCGUAUAA